GUGGCCUCCCUGUGCCAGGUGGCCUCACGUGCGCGCCGUUUCCCCUUUAAACACCAGCCGCUUCAGCUUUUCCCUUCCCGACGCGUGUCUUGAUGGAGCCAUGACCCUGCGCCGACGACGCAAACACAGCUGGCAGGACCAUAGCAGUAGCAAACACGAUCGUAAUUGCUGGCGGCGAAUGGAGGGAGGUUCUUCCUCCAAGGACAUGGAGGGCGCGCACGCCGCUCUGCGCGUAUCACACGACGACGAUGGUGACGACACGGUGAGGGCCGAGUUCGGCUAUGCCGGCUCCGAAACCGAGGCUUGUCUCGACCGCGAGAACAUUGGUCGGCGUCGGGCCAUGGCUAAGCCUACGCCCUCGCUGCCCGUUUACAUGACCAUCCACCGGGUGCGUCGACUGGUGACUGCGGCCGUUGACGACGCAUACUCGCUGGAUCAGCUUAAGGACCCGAGGCUGAACAAGCUCGUUGUCCGUCCUCUCGUCGACCGGCUGUACGACGCCGACGACAUUUCGAUCGUGUACUGCAUUCUCGCCAACCGUGUCCAGUUCCUCCGCGAGCAGGACAACACCGUCCACCAAACUGUCAGCAUCGCCCGCGCCACGCUCUGUGAGCUGCUCGCGUCGCAGAUCCUCCGGCGCCUGCACGAGGAGCAUGCCGACGAUGGCGACGGCCUGCUGCUAAUCUCCCAUGUGCUGGUGGAAGGCUUCGACCCGCUGCAGGGCGCGCCAGAUGGUAUCCGCCAGGAUGAGGCCAGCCGGCGGCGGCGGCAAACACUGUGGCAGCCGCGCGAGCGACGCGGCCAUGAGCGCAAGCUGACAGCGCUCGAGUUGGCCAUCAUCUCGGAAAGCAAGGCGCUCAUCGCUUCGGCCGCGUGCCAGCGGGUCGUGUCGGCAGUGUCCGAAGGGCGUGUCAUUUACACACCGCUGACCCUCAUGGACAUCCUACCCGACCACUACCGCCACCAUCCCAUCACACUUUACGACCCGCGCCGGGCGCCGAUUCUAAACCACUACAGGCUGAUCGUGCCGCAGUGGCGCAACGCCAUAGAGUUCUUCCAGUUCCUAACGCUGUUGGUGCUUUACAUAGUCACCAUGGUGUACCGCAACGACGAGGGCAAUAUGAUCUUCGAGCUUCUCUUCUCCACCUACACCGCCGGCUGGGUGCUUUCGGAGCUUGCAGCCGUGGUCGAGCACGGCUGGGAGGUGCACUCGCAGUCUCUCUGGUCUUUUCUCGACUUGACCUUCAUCUUCAUCUACGGCGCCUACGUCCUGGCGCGGCUUUUCGACAUCGCAUGGGGCAAUUUCCCGCUCGGUCAAGGGCUGCACAUCCUGUGCUUGGCGGCGCCUGUGUUGUUGACACGCCUGGCCUUCACGCUGCUCCUGGACAACAUCGUCUUCAUAUUGGUGCACGCUGUCAUGCGCGACUUUAUGUCUUUGGUGCUGUUGGCGUGCUGGUGUUUUGUCGGGUUCCUGCUGGCACUGCAGUGGCUGAUGGUCAGUGAUGACAACAGCAACACGCCCGCUCUUGUGCCGGGCUGGGCCACCAUUGCCAAGUGGAUGCUCUGGAUCUGGUUCGGACUCGACGGCACGGGCAUGGACGAGGCGGCCCACUUCCAUCUCGUCUUCGGGCCCUUCCUCAUGGUCGCCUUCGCCUUCCUGGGGAACACACUCUUCAUCACCAUCAUGGUUGCAAUGUUGACAAACACUCUCUCGCGGGUCAUCGCCGAUUCGGCGAGCGAGGUGUCAUUCCGCCGCACGGUCCUCACCUUCGAGGGAGUCAAAAGCGACGCCAUCUUCUCGUACCCGCCGCCGGCCAACGUGCUCGCGCUAGUGGUGCUCCUUCCGCUCAAGCUAGUCGUGUCGCCGGCGGCGUUCCACUCGACCAACGUGGCGCUGGUGCGGGCACUCAAUGCGCCGGUGCUUCUGCUCAUUAGCCUUUGGGAGCGGCGCCGGUUUGCACACGGGGCGACAGGCGGUGCGGGCAAGAAGAACCCGUUCCUCAACUGGCGCUUCACGGGCUUCUCGCCGUACGACAACGUCCAGGCCGUCUUUAGGACGGCGUUGCCCCCUGAGAUAGGCGACGAGAUCGAACAGCUGGAUCCGAUGGCGGCGAGCGAGCCUGAGAGAGUUCAGACUGCUUUUGUGCCCACGAGGGGUGAGCCUUGAUGGGGAGUGUUGCUGGCCGAGUUUGGGGUUCGUCUGCAUUGCAUGUUCCUUUGUCGCUGGGGUAGAAUAAUAGAAUGCAUAUAGAUGGAGGGUGAUUGUACACUUUUUAAUACAUGCUAGCAUAUUGGCUUCGGUGAAAUUUGCAGUGGCCUGACCGUCGCUGUGGGUGCGGGAAGCGAGGGCAGGGAUUACCAGCACA